AUUUUAUACACCUCGUACUUGUUAUGAGCUAACACGUAUGCAACUACAUGUAUGACAUUGUACCUAUAUUAUAACGUAGAUAUUGUUACUGUUACGUAAUUAAGGUUACAGUUCUAGAGAGAAUAACAAUGACAGAUAACAUAUCAUUUGAACAGGAAACGCGGACAAAGAUUCGACAGACUAAUUCUGGAACAGAACAAGCCAAGAUUUCAAUUGAAUUUAACAAUGGUGAAAGCGCGUGUAUCGCGAAACAGCCUCCUAAGGUUCGGUUAAGAUGGAACAAGAUCAACGUCAGUGCACAAGAGGUGAAAAACUGCAGGGGAAAGGUGGUGAAGAGUGAAACCAAGAUUUUGAAAGAUGUGAGUGGAUAUGCUGAACCAGGCAGGUUACUUGCCAUCAUAGGAUCUAGUGGAGCUGGUAAAUCAACUUUACUCAAUAUGUUGACUUGGAGAAAUAAAAGUCAACUUUAUAUGACUGGGGAUAUUCUUGUAAAUGGUGUUUCUAUGGGAGCGGAUAUAUCAAGUAUAUCAGCGUAUGUGGAGCAAGAUGAUUUGUUUAUGGGGGAGCUGACAGUGAAGGAACAUCUCAUGUUCGCUGCCAGGUUAAGAAUGGAUGCUUCCAUCUCUGACAAAAAUAAGAGCGCUCGUGUGCAAGAAGUUAUCCACCAGAUGUGUUUGAAUCGAUGUGAAAAUACAAUGAUUGGAAAACCAGGGAUUACUAAGACGAUAUCAGGAGGGGAGAUGAAAAGAUUAAGCCUCGCUUCUGAGUUGUUGACCAAUCCUUCGAUCAUGUUUUUUGAUGAACCAACUUCGGGACUCGAUUCUUACUUGGCGAGGAUGAUCGUUGAUUCAAUGAAGACGGUGGCCAAGUCAGGAUGCACCGUUAUAUGCACCAUCCAUCAACCAAGUUCAGAAGUCUUCGAAAUGUUCGAUGAUUUGAUGAUUCUUGCAAUGGGACGAGUGGUUUACCAUGGAGAGAUACCUGGCGCGUUGCAACAUUAUGCUGACAAUGGGUUCCCAUGUCCGAGGAAUUAUAAUCCCGCUGAUCAUUUCAUCAUGGAGAUCGCCAUUGUUCCUGGGGAGGAAGAACAAUCAAAAACUCGUAUUAGAAAGCUCACGGAAAGUUACGAAGUUUCCUCAGUUAAGAUGAGAGUGGAUGGGAUGUUUGAGGAGGAGAAGAUAAGAGGAGGAGGAGAAAUGAUGAUACAAAAGUCCAAAGUGAAACAGAAUCACUACAACACGGGGUAUUUGACUCAGUUCCAUGCGUGUCUGGUGCGCGCUGCCAAGCUAACACGACGUAACCCAGCGUUGAAAAUAAAGAUGUUUGAAAACUUGUUCAUUGGAAUAGUGUUUGGGUUAAUCUACCUUCGUACUUUCCGCGCACCUUAUCUUUCCACUGAGGUGGGAGAUAUCAAUGGGUGUUUGUUCCUGGUUGUUCUUAACACAAGUCUUGGAGCCACCUUUGGUAUUUUAAAUUCUUUCCCCGGUGAACUUCUGGUGUUUCGUCGUGAACACGCCAACCGAAUGUAUUCAUCCGGUCCUUACUUUGUUGCAAAGAACUUGGCCGAGAUGCCCGUCUAUGCGUUCUACCCAAUAUUCAUGUGCGUGACCGUCUAUUUCCUUGCUGGAUUCUACCCACACGCGGCAAACUUCUUCUACUUUUAUUUAUUCGUGGUGUUGGUGAUCAGCACGGGUGUUUCGUUCGGGUACAUGAUAUCUUGUUUAACGGCAAACCAGGCUAUGGCCUUAAUUAUAGCACCUGCUGUUAUAAUGCCGCUGUUCUUGUUCUCUGGACUCUUCCUUCGUAGUGGCAACACCCCCGCAUUUCUGAGUUGGAUAAAAUAUAUUUCCUGGUUUUAUUUUUCUUAUGAGAUUGCUCUUUACAACCAAUGGAAUGCAGUGGAUCAUUUUGUGUGUCCUUCUUCUAAUAUGACGUCACAAACCCACGCCACGUGUUUCAACAAUGGUUACGAUGUGAUGACGUCAUAUGACAUUGAUCCGAACGACAUAUCGUUAAACGUGGGCUGUAUGUUCAUUCUGUUUAUCGGGUUUCGCGUCAUCGCGUUCGUCGCGCUUUAUUUUCGAACAAGAAUACCAACCCGUUGAUGGAUUGUGACGUAAUCAACAUUUCUCAUCAUGACGUCACUAUUUAUCCAACAAUCUAAAUUACAAAUCCCAUUGUGACGCCAGGUUGCACAUGUGUCACACAUCGUACAUGCGCUGAUCAUGCGUUUACCUCGUGCUAAAGAUCACCUUUGUACAAAACUUUACACUUUGGUGCAUCACAAAUUCUUGAGCAACAUUACAAAAUAAACUAAUGGAGCUGCAAAUUUUAUCUAAAGUUUGUUAAUGUUCCUAAAAACCAAA